UCAUAUGUACUACAUUAUUUAGUGGGCUCCUAACACAGCCAAAUAUCACCUCCUCUAUUUUCAAUUUCACACCCCUUCCUACUGCUACAUAUAGAAGCUUGCUCACAACACAAAAGACACAGAUAGGAAUCCCUUGUUAGUUUUCCUGAAAGAAUGGAGAGUCAAUACAUCGGUAGCAAUGGUGGAUUGGAGGGGAGGGGAAAAGAAGUUGAGGUGGCCAACAAAAGCAGCGUGAGGGGAUCAGACGUGAUCUUGAGGUUCUUGGCUUUUGCUUCGACGCUUGUGGCAGCCAUAGUUCUGGGAGUUGACAAGCAGACUAAGCUGGUUUCCAUGACUGUGGUUUCAACCCUUCCGCCUAUAACUGUUCCGGUCACGGCUAAGUGGCAUUAUAUGUCCGCCUUUGUGUACUUUGUGGUGGCAAAUGUUGUAGCAUGUGCAUAUGCAGCCCUUUCACUACUGCUUGUGUUGGGAAAUAGGGGUGCAAAGAAAGGUCUUGCAUUGAUGAUCAUCACCCUUGACCUAGUGAUGGUGGCGCUGCUCUUUUCCGGCGGCGGAGCUGCCUUAGCUGUUGGCCUCAUCGGCUACCGAGGAAACUCCCAUGUGCAAUGGAACAAGGUUUGUAACGUGUUCGGAAGGUUCUGCAAUCAGGUGGCUGGAGCCAUUGGCGUUUCCUUGCUGGGCUCAGCAGCAUUUCUCUUGCUGGUGUUGCUUGCUAUGAUCAACCUACACAAGAAACACAACUAAUGCAAAUAAAAGUUCAAAAAGCAAUUUAUGUGUUCCUUUUUUUUUUUAAUUACUAUAUAUUAUUCAAGAAAGGAAUUUAAGGUGUUAAUGUAGCCGGCAUUACUUACUUACUGAUCUAUUAUUAAAUUCAUGGCACCUUUGUUUUGCUCU